CGUUGACGCAACUUCAGCUCUUCCUCGACCCCUCGAUUUUCCGUUGGUAGAGCCCGCCACUCCUUUGUCCACUGCCGGCCGACCAUUCCAAUGGCAUGGCAGUGUUUGUCGACCUUGAGUCGGAUACCGACGAACACUAUUCCCCCCCGGCGGCUAUCUAUGAGCGCCGUCUACCCCUCCGACAUGUCGAGAAUCCUCUCCUCCAACAACAGGUGACAGAGCAAGUUAGCAAGACAGAUGAGACAGGAAAGCACGCAAACCAUAUCUUGGGGGCAGCGUUGACGUGCUAUCCUGUUGCUCUAUCCCUUGCCACCAACCUUGACCUAAAUGAUUUGGAUGCUCUCGCCCUGACAUGCCGACCAGUCCACGACAGCUUGACUCAAUAUGCCCAUCAGCUGAAGACCAGAUCCUUACGCUGCACAAGGGACCAACCCAUCGUUAGGCCUCGUGCCGCCCAAGAAUCCCAAGACCAUUCAUUGCACCAAGAAGAGCCAGUUAUUGAUAUAUCAAUAUACAGUCAGUCACUUCACAGUGAGACGCGAAGUACCCAACAACACCAUUCCUUUGACGCACAUACGUUGACCUCUCAAAACUUGCCCAAUCACCGCCCAAGUUCAUGCGCUCGGGACCUGGUAGACUCCUGCCGGAAUUGUGGAACGGUGGUUUGCAGAAACUGCGCCAUCAAACCACCACCGACAACUUGGCUAAAGGAUCGGCACCGCCGCCUCUGUAAGACUUGUGCGGAGGCACCUUUCGAAGCUCACCUGCGCCCCUCGAUCGCGUUACGUGAAGCACACGACCACCUUAUGUACUCGAGCGCCAGCUCCAUCAGAUCCGAACGGUCCUUCUCCUCGUCAUCUUCAUCAUCGAGUGCACACAGUGAAUUGGAGAGAGAAGCAUCGCAUGAAGAAGUCAGGCCUUGCUUCACUUCAUCAGCAUUUCUACGAAGACCAUGUUCAUGUGACAGUCGGGGAGUCUUCUUGUGCAAUCCGUGUGGGCAAAGUCUGCGAGCUGCAGACACAACAUACAAACGCGUGUGGACAUGGCGAUCUCGGUAUUCAAUGCAUAUCGGUGGCGGGCUGGGCACGGGUUUGGGACAAGGUAAUCAAGGCCAGAAAUGUGGCCGAGGUGAAGAUUGCCUGGAGAGGGGUGGCAAAGCUAUUUGCUGGGUUGAAAUUGACUGUUCCGACCCCAAGCCCCAUGACCACGUCCGAGAGUCUGAAGGGGAUAGCUCUAUUCGUGUGGGUACUCCUGAUCUUGUGUCGAAUAAACCUGGAUAUUUCCAACAAGAGAUCGAAGGUAUUGGAGGCGUUGUGAAGAAGAAGGUCAAAAAGAAGGUCAAGGUUGGAGCAACGGUUUGGGAAUUUGAGGAUGAACGAGCCAGUGGAAAGUAUCUCGAGCGAGAAGCCAACGGUAUUGUCAGAAGUUGGUGCGGAUGGUGUGGCCGGGUUUGCCCAGGGAAACAGGACAGGGAAAGCCAAUGGAUGACCGCAUAUAACUCGUAACUGGGCUUGGUUGGCUGACUACAAGACGCAUCUUUAUCAUCAAUAUUAAAAUGCUAUGUUAGCCUAUCGACUAUCAUGCACAUGAGAGCUCAUAUAUGCCACAGAGGUGGAGUCUGGCUUUGAGCUAGUGGUAUAGAAGCGACUCCCUAC